CUCUUCUAUACGUAUGUGCGAAGUUGUAUUAGCUGUAGCACAGUGGAUUCAUCAAUGACCAUUCAGAAAAUAGCGGUGGAAAUAGUCAAGAAAAGCCAUGGCCAUCUUCUUGCCAUUGUCCUUGUGGCAAAAACAUCUUAGGUAUGUGAAAGAUGAUAAAUAUUGGGAGCUUGUACUUGACAAAUUAAGCAACCCGAAUCCUUUCUAUGAUUAUCAAGAUUGUGACCGAAUUGGCAUUAGUAGAGUCAUGGUCAAUGCAUUUGUAAAUAUUAUUUGGCAAGACAUCGAUGAUGAACUAAAGCUUUGCCUCCAACUCAGUUUACCUGUUCACAACAUUAAAAAUGGGGUGAGAGAUGAUAUCUUGGUUUCUUAUUGGGCUAAUACAUUACGAUACACACAAGAGCUUGGUGAAUACAAGAGACAGUUACAAUAUUACCUCGAGGAGCUUCUAGACUGUUUUCUCUUGUUGAAAUUUGAAAGUAGAGAUGUCUGUUUGCCAAUAGAAACCUAUGAUAUAAUUAAAUCAUUACACAUCUCAGAACCUUCCAUCAUAUGGGAUGGUGCAUUAGGAUUGACGGAGAUUGGACAAUGGCAUAGUCUUAUUCAGAUAGAAUUGGUUAACAAUAAAAUAUGUGAACUACCACAAUCACCAGACUGCCCCAAACUCAAAGUGUUGUUGUUGCAGGGCAAUGCUGAUUUAUUGGAUAUCCCUGAUUUAUUUUUCGACCACAUGCCUCUACUUCAACACUUGGACUUAUCCUACACUAGUAUAAGGGAUUUGCCCCCUUCUCUCGCCAAAUUGAUGCAACUUAAGAAACUAUAUCUUAAAGGUUGUGAUCUCUUCAUGGAAAUAUCCCCGCAAAUUUUUCAGCUGAAGAAUCUUGAAGAGCUUGAUCUUCACGGGACUUUGAUAACCCAUUUGCCAAAAGACAUUCAAGAAUUGAUCAACCUGCAACGCUUAGCCCUAUGCUUUGAUGCAUACCAUCAUGUACUUAGUCGUGGUAAAAGAGGCAAGCAGAUUUUUAACACAAUGAUAAUUCCUCGUGGAGUGAUAUCAAAUCUUACUCAGUUGAAUUAUCUAAGCCUUGACGUCGACCCUGAAGAUGAGCAAUGGAGCGAGAAUGUUAUUAGUGUCUUGGUGGAAAUUUUGGGACUAGAGAAGUUGAAGACGGUGAGCAUGUAUGUUCCAAAGGCUGAUCUCUUGGAACUCAUACCGGCCGAAAAAUCUCUCAAUUUCCGAUUGGUUGUUGGUCAUCACAUGCGGCGUCUAAUAUCCCGGGUAACACCUGAACUAGAUACAAAAUUCAAAGAUUUUGAUUAUAGCAUGAAGUUUGUUAAUGGUGUAAAUGUUCCCAAAGGAGUAACGAUGAACCUUUGUCGCUUCAAGGCUUUGUAUCUUGACCGACAUAUGACCAUCAAGAGUCUUUCAGAUUUCAAUUUGAACAACGUACGCAGGUUGGAAGUUUGCAUAUUGGCGGAAUGUAAUGAAAUGGAAACAAUUGUCGGUGGUGAUAAUUUACCUGAUGAACGUUUUUCUCUAAUGUUGGAGUUGUUGAGUGUAUUUUAUAUGAAGAAUUUAAGAAGCAUUUGCCAAGGGUGUGGUUCCUUUUACUACUUAAAGUAUAUGGCAUUGCACACUUGCCCCAUGUUAACUACUAUCUUCACCUUACGUACUUUUAUCAGCCUUCCCUUUUUGGAAGAGAUUCAUGUUGAAGAUUGUCCAAAAGUAACCACCCUAAUAAGUCAUGACUCACCAAAACGUAAAGCAGCGUUUUUCCUGCCCAAGUUGAGAGUGAUAUCGCUUCUUUAUCUUCCCAACUUGGUGAAUAUUUUUAAUGGCCUGCCUGUUGAACAUGUUUUAGCAGAAAUGAUUUUUUAUUGUUGCCCAAAACUCCAAAGUCUUUCCAGGUCGGAGUUAGCAUGGGAAUAUUUGAAGUUCAUCAAAGGAGAAAGGAUGUGGUGGGAAGCAUUGGAUUGGAGUGUAUCAGAGUGGGGUAAUGCUGGUCGACCCUACUAUGAGCAAUUUUUUAAACCAAUUAAUGUGGAGGCUGACAUGAUGAACGCACCAGCUGCACAUCAAGAGACUCAACUAAAUAAAUAUCACGGCGGAAUGUAUCAGGGAGUUUCAAGUUCUACCGAGUUGAUAACGCCUCUUUUGUUGCCUUCAACUCCAUUUCCGUUAUCGAGUAGUAAAGAAGGUGAAGCCCAAAAGCGAAAAGCCGUUAUUGAGCCAAUAAUAGUACCACCGUUGUCAAAAAAGAAACCAAACCAGGAUCGUGAAGCUAUGAAAAUAUUGAUACAUAAUGAUCAGAGUUUAGAUGAUGGAUAUACGUGGAGAAAAUAUAGGCAGAUGGACGUUCUUGGAGCUAAGUAUUCGAGAUCAUAUUACCGCUGCAAUGAACGUGGGUGCAAAGCAACAAAACAAGUUCAAAGGUUAGAUGACCAAACAACGAUUGAGGUAAAUUACAUAGGAACUCAUAGUUGCACCCCUAAACAGGAUUUGAUCGCGGAGACAUAAAAGUAUUACAAGAUUUUUGGGGAAAACCAGAUUCUCCAUCAUCUAGCAACAAAAAAUGCUAUCAUUGUUUGGAAGGAAAUACCAGAAAAUAGAGAAGUAUUAGCUGGUAUCAGCUGAACGAAGAGUCUCAAAUGAACGAAAAGAUGAACGAAAAGUCUCAGAUGAACGAAUAAACGAAGAGUAUCAACUGAACUAGAAAAACUCGCUGAACUAGAAGAACUAGCUGAAGAACUCAAAAGUCUCAGGUCCCCUUUAGAAGAUGAUCGAUAAUAUAUGUGUUUAAAUGUAAAAAAGUAACGUACAUUAAAUAGUAACUUAUAAUUGUACUAAUAAAGACAAAUAUCAUCUUAAACUGAUGUUGAUGAAUUAUUACAAUAAUUACUCUAAUA